AUGACAACAGUACAGAGACGGUGCAACAACAAUUCUAAUCAUCGACAUUUCAACACCCAUGCCCACAAAUGUGCCGAGCCAGGAUGUACAGGCUCACUUUCACGAUAUUGCUUUGAACAUCAGAAAUGGUUUUCCGAAAGCACUUUUGCACGAAAUCACUCACUGUGCAACCAACAACCAACAACACAACAAACACCCAACAACACUCCAAUCACUUUUGUUCAACAAAACUUCAACGAUCAAAAUCAAUUGACUGAAAAUCAUCAUAAUUACUCUAUCAAAGACAGCAAAUACUCGAUUAAUAUUAUUGAAGGAUGGCCUAUUCAGAAAUUGUGGAAAAUUACAUCGGGUGAUCAUGAUGUCAAAAAUUAUAUUGAUAAAGGCAAGCAUGAUGUCGUCACUAAAUUAUGGAAUUUCAUUAAAGAAAAAGAUUUGCAUCAUCAAUUCAUUUCGGAAUUGCAAUCUCAAGAUUAUGUAAUAAUGACAACAGAUGAAUUCAACAAUGUCAAGCAAGAAGAGCGAGUUAAAGGAGCAAAACAACACCAUACUGAUCUUCGGGAAAUUUCUGAAAAUUACAGUCUAAGAGAAAAAGGCUUAUAUUUGUCACAAAACGGAUUGGAUAAAAAGAGGAAGGGAGAAACACUUGAAUCAGUUCAAGAAAUGAAUGAUCGUCUCAAUUCACAGCCAAGUAAACCACAAGGUUUACCAAAUUAUUUCACAGAUGAAGUCAAAGAUAUGGUUUUUAAAGCUAUUGAGGAAGCAAUGCGAGAGCACAAAGAUUUCUUUAAGGUUAACAAAUCAAAAAUUGCAGACGACAUUAAAAAACAAUUACCUGAUACAGAUGAAUAUCGCAAAAUCAAAUCAAGCCUUACACAAACUAAAAAAGGAUACUAUGUUUCCUUAAUAUAUCGUGAAAAGACAGGAAUUUCUCUCUCCCAAUUGUAG